AUGGGCAAUUUGACACUGUCAAACACGGCGGGCGACUCCGUGGUGGUCCCGGAGGAGGUCGCGAGGAGGCUGUUCAACAAGUUCAGAGCCGCUGAUGCCUUCCUCCACGCCGCACGCCCCCCCAGCCCGGACAGCCAUAGCCUCAGUGAGAGCAGUGGUGAGGCUGAGGAAGCCACCCCGGCCCUCCCGCAGGAGGACGAGCCCCUCCGUGUCGGGCAGCUCAACGCGAGCCUCGAGGUCUUGCAGGUGGUUGCGACCUACGCGACCCUCCCAAACGACCAGCGAACGGCCGACAUCCCAAAGCCGAUGAUACGGAGCUAUGCCGAGUCGGUCAAACCGCACGAGCUCGACAUGGUCAGGAAGGCGGAGGAGCAAAACUACCUGGUCCAACUCCUCGAUGUUGCGCUGGCGCUUCGCUUUGAGCAGUUGAUCGCGGUCUGCGCGGCGUACAUGAAUGAACGCAUUCAUGAGAUCUCGAAAGGGUCGCCUGACAUCAUGACCGGUGCUGAGCGCGUUAGGGAGUUUAUGCACGUGGAGAACACCUGGACUACUGAGGAAAUGGAACACCUCAGCAAGGAGAUGGCGCUUGCCAAGAAGAUCGAUCCGCAUGCAUACUAA